GUGAACUUUUUGCUUUGCUUUGCUUGUAUAAGCAAUUUGCAUUGAGGUACAUUCCCGAGCUUGUCUACUGAUAGAGAUGGCAACGGUUCCCGAGCCGAAGCGGAAGACCUGUUCCUACAGUUUCCACCGUGAGCCGUUGACUCCACUAGUUGAGUUGGGUAGUCUCGUGACAGACGAUCGACUGAAGAGUUUUGUUGGGCGGUACGGAGAUAUCUUGACAGUAUUGAAGACAGUAGUAGAUCCAGUGCCUCUGCAGACACUACUUCAGUUUUAUGACCCAGAGCUUCAUUGUUUCACUUUCCAGGAUUAUCAGUUGGCGCCUACUCUCGAGGAGUACUCUAUUCUGUUGAGUGUUCCUAUCCAGCAUCAGGUUCCUUUCUUGGAUGUGCCCAAGGAGGUUGAUUUCAGAGUUGUUGCCAGAGCUCUCCAUUUGGGUAUCAAGGAAGUCAGUGAUAGUUGGAAGUCCAGUGGGGAUGUCGUAGGAUUGCCUUUGAAGUUUCUGUUGAGGGUAGCUAGAUGUGAAGCCGAGAAGGGGAAUUGGGAAGUUUUUCAUGCACAGCUUGCCACCAUGAUCUAUGGGAUUGUCCUAUUUCCCAGUAUGCCGAAUUUUGUUGACCAUGCAGCUAUCAGUAUCUUCAUUGGAGGGAAUCCAGUCCCUACCCUGUUAGCAGACACUUACUAUGCUAUUCACAGUAGGCAUGGUAAGGGUGGAGCCAUCAGGUGCUGUCUACCUCUUCUGUUAAAAUGGUUCAUGUCUCUUCUGCCAGUGAGAGCAUCUACAACAAAAAAUGGUGGUCAAGGAAUGUUUAGAGGUGAAAAGAAGAGGUUUAACAAGAGCAAGAAGCAGUGUUAUAAGUGUCAAUGGUUUGGUCAUUUUGCAAAAGAGUGCAAUGCAAACAAGAAGCAACCUCAAGGGAAUGAAGCCAAGGUUGCAAGACAAGAGUUUGAUGAAGAGAAUACACUUUUGGUCAUGAUCACAGAAGGAGAAUGCAACAGCAAGUUGCAGGACAACAGCAACAAAAAUUCUAGGAAUUCUACAAAAUUGAGUUGUGAUCAGUUGAGUGAUAUGGUUAACCAGUUGCAUGUGGAGUAA